GUUUUGUAAAUUGCCAAAACAGAAAAGAGGCACCAUCCCCUCAUCCUCCUCCUGCACUGCCAUGCGCCCCCAUUCUCAUUCCUCCUCUUCCAAGUCCUCGAGGCGCCACUCCUCGACCUUCGACGGAGGCGGCGGCGGCGGCCACCACCACCUCCUCCCCAGCAUCUCCAUCUGCGCCUCCUGCAAGAACUCCCCCUCCGCCGCCACCCUUGACCUCCUCAUCCUCCUCCUCAUUCUCUUCUGCUCCGCCUUCCUCACUGCUUCCUCCCUCGCCCACGUCUUCCGAUCUCUCGACCUCCUCCUCCCCGCCGCCUCAUUCCGCCACGCACCCUACCCCUACCUUGCCGCUCUCCUCCUCUUUCUCGCCGCCUUCUUCGCUGUCGCCUUACUCUCCUGCUUCCGGCCAUGCUUCCUUCCCUGGUCCCGCCUCCGCUUCUGCGGAAGGCCUCGCUGCCGCGGCCUCAAGAAGGCCCUCGAGUUCGAUGUCCAGCUUCAGACCGAGGAGUGCAUCCGCUCGCCCGACCCCGCUCAGGUCGCCGCCUUGAAGGAAAUCGACGAUCUACCCUGGAAGGGAGGUCAGCAAGGUAACAACCCCGAUUAUGAAUGCCUGCGCGUAGAGCUCAGGAGGAUGGCUCCGCCCAAUGGCCGUGCCGUCUUGUUCUUCCGUGCCCGAUGCGGUUGUCCACUGGCAAAGCUCGAGGCCUGGGGACCCAAGCGCCGGCACAAGAAUUCAAAUGGUAUUGAUCAAGACAAAGCUUAUCUUAUCCAAUAAUGUACGGAGUUGGCCUAGGCAAGAAGAUUUUCUUUCGAUGGCUUGUCCUUCGUUUCUGUCCGUUACUUCUAGGAGGAGAUAAAGCACUACAAUAGCGAAGGGGCAGGGGUCGAAGAGAAGAAUAAACCAAAGCACUAGAUGUAGUAAAGAGGAGUUACAUUUGAGUCAGAGAAAUGGAGAUGCUUUCAUAUUUUGUACCUUGCUCAAGUUCUAGUUGUUUCAGUCCAAGUGCAACUCAUGGUGGCUAACUAACAUAUAUUUUUAUAUUCAUGGACAUGUAGAGAAAGUUAUGAGUGCAUUAUUUAGUUUGGAUCUUAAAGAAUUGUGAAAGUGAUGCCACUAGGAUUGUAUGAAAACAUAAUCUUCCAUUUGAUGCACAACUAUGAUGGCGUUAAUAAGUUAUAAUCAUUGAUCAAGAUGGUUGUUAUAUUUUAUAAGUUGUUCCUCUAAAAUUUUAUUUCAAUAGGUUGUCUUGUUGUUACAACUUUAUAUUUAGUGGGAAGCAAGUUAAGUGAAAUAUAAUUAUAAGAUUAAAACUCAUUUGAGUUGAGCUUAACAGAUUUUGAAGCUUGCCAAAAUGUGCCAAGCGUCGGUAUGAUUCAAGACCAAUACCAUACUGUCCUGAGCAGAGAUAAAAAAAUCCAGAAUGAAUCAAUACUUUAAGCCUUGGUUUUAGUCUUUUAGAUUUACUCCCUUACUCAAAUUGCUUCAACCAUCAUUCUAGAACCAAUUUGAAUUAGUAACACUCAAUAAAAUCCUUGCUUAAGACAAGAAGCAAAGUGUUGGAGUUAAUAGUUGAAUGAGUGUUUAACAGAAGUUAAUCUACCUUUAGAGUAUUAUUACUUCAAGUGUUAUGUUAGAGUCCAUAUGUGCAUGGAAUGGCACUCUUGAUGGAAUAGCAUUUUUCAAGUUGUUAUCACAACCAACUUUCUGUUAAUGUAAGGGUUUUCAUCUAGAAUCCCUUUAGGGGAAGGUCACUGGUUUCACACAACAGUGUGAGCUCCCCUCUUCCCUCCUCUCCUUUACAUAGCCUUCUUCUUUUCUCCUUUAUCUCCAUUUGACACUUUGUUUUUAUCCCCUAUCCAUGUGUACCUCCAGAUCUUUGUCCUCCAUAUCUUGCUCUAGUCGUCUAUCACUAGAUCUCCAACCUUUAGAUUGCGUGCUAGGUAUCUUCUUCACCAUCCGCAUCUUGUAGAUUGUCAUCUAGAAGUUGUUCCAGUCAACAAUCUGGGGCAAAAAGCAAACCUUUGCAUCGUGAUGACCUUGUGUUUUUUUUUUUGCAACCAUUGCUAUAGGAAGGCCUUGCAAAUUCAUCUUCAACAUCCUAUCUUCAUCCAGGACACGAGAUCCACAGAAAAAGCUUCCUUCCUUCUUGAACUUGCUAAAAGUUCACAGAUCUAUGAGGUGUUGCUAGAGCCUAGCUAGACUUUCCUGCUCUGCUGCCUGGAGAAGUGAUGAACCUUAUAUUAGCUCCUUCCUCCUCCACUUCUUUGCCACUGAAACCUAAAAGUUUUCUGUGCUUCCAUCCUACUUCUAUUACCUCAUCAUUGUGCAAUCCAGCGUGGAUGAAUUCCUUGUUUGCAAUGGCCUCGGUUGGCUUGCCUCCUUCCUGCCUUCCUAACCUGCAAGUACAUGACUUAGCUUCACCUAUGACAUGCGCAAGCAACUUAUUUAAUCACAAGUUCAUAGACCUAGUCCACACUUGUGACAUGACAUCUCCUCCAUCAGUGCCAUUUGCACUCUUAGCUAACUAUACCUACCAUGGCCUUUGGAACGUUUGCUAUUUAAGCUCAACCUAGAUUGGUGAAGCUUGUGCAGGGUCAAAUUUUAAAAAAGAGAUACUUUAGCAGCAAAUGAAAGCAUUACAAGGUAGCGAUUAAAAAAUUGACAAAGUGUAGAAGCAGUGAAAAAUGGAGCAUGAAAAAUAAUGAAAAGUUUAACAAAAAAAAAAACGAGUUUCUGGAUCUAAAAAUAAAAUAAAAAAUAUAUACAUGUUAAAACAAAGUGGCCUUAAUUUAAAAUAAAGAGGGUGAAGAUUUACAAACUUGAAGGCUAGGUUUUUGCAGCAGCACUGCAUGAUCUUCUCUUCUAUAAUUUUUGAAGUAUCUUCCUCUUUUUCCUCAAGUGAUUAAUUCUGAAGUAGUAUAUCAAACUUAUUGUCAUCGCUUAUAUGUUUGUGUUCAUGUUAAGAAUAAUAUCAAUAAUUUGGAUAAACAUCCACAUUUGCUAUGUGAUGGCAUACAGAAUUUCACUUUGGCAAUAUGGUUCUAAAACAAGAAUAUUAACUGUUGACGUUUUAAAAUACUUCUGUGACUGAUUGUUUUCCCCACAAUUUUAACGGACAUGCUAAUGGAUUACUUUGAUGCAACAGACAGGAUUAGAGUGAAAGAAAUAAAGAUGCAUAUCUAGUGGCGCUGACAUGCAUUUACAAACUUCAGUCUUUAUUUACACGAUGCUAACAUUCAUAUAUCUUCACAUCUCAGCUUCUCUUCUAGAAAACUCCAGCAACCCUGCUUAUAUAAAAUUAAUAAACUAGAUGCUUUGAAGUUUUCACCAGUUUAUAUAUGAUAAAGUUGUGGAGAGUAAAGAUAUUUGACUAAAACUUGGUUCUAUGUGGUUCUACUGAAAUAAACUGUUAAAAUCUCUGAUAUGUAGAUCUAAUUAGGUUCAUUGAACCCAGUGUCAUCAACAAUAUUAUUAUUAUUUAUGUGUGAACUAUAUAGCUGUACUUUUAAGUGACAAAUAGAUGAUCUCACUGAUUGUCCUUACGAGGAUCCUUAAACUAUAAGUGAUUUCUGAUAUGAUGCUCAAACUGCUAAAUUGAUUUUUUAUGUUAGUUCCAAUGCCUUUUCCUACUUGAAUUUUUAGGAGAGCAAAUGCAUCAAUAUACAAACCAUCUCGUUCAUGGCUAAUUGCAACUGUAAAUGUUCCUGUUC